AAUGGGAUGUGCCUGCAUUUGACAUGCCAAAUUGCAAGUGGGAAGGGACAGGGAAGUGUUUUCUAAAGGAUGAUAAUACCACACCUAAUUAUGGUCUCAAGCAAAGAUUGUAUAAGCACUGGCUGGAUGCUUACAAGACAUCUGGAGGCAAUGAUUUUCAUUCAUCAAAGCAGAGAUUUUUCUUUUCUCUCUGUAACAGUUACAGGGAUAUACUGCAUUCCAAUAAGAAACCAUUUUAUCUCAAAGGCCAUCAAGAAGACUCAAGUAUCUUGGAUGCUUAUAUUAUGCAUUCUUUGAAUCACAUAUUCAGGACUAGAGAUCUUAUAAAAAAGAAUGAUUUGAAAGUGGCCAAACAUCAAGAGGGUGCUGAUGAUAAAUUACUGACUGUUGAUGGUCUCCGUGAUCAUGGGUUUACUCGUCCAAAGGUUUUGAUCCUUUUGCCAUUCAGGAGUAUAGCACAUCGGUUUGUUAGGAGGCUAAUACAACUAACACCUCAAAGUUACAAGGGAAGAUGAUGAUAUUGACGAAGAUGAGGACGCCAUGUCUGCCCAUUUGGCUUUGCCUUUAAGACUGGGUUUGGAUGACGAUUUAUCUGAAGAGACUGCUGGCGGUUUGCUUGAUGAGGGUUUUAUUGGAGAAUCUGAACCUGUGGAAAGCUGCUGGAAAAUUUCCUGGCAAAUUCUUUUAUACUCAUCAGGUGUUUUAGCCGCUGCUAACCUGGCUUGACACUGUGCUUUUUGGAUUCCAAAUCUACACUAAACCGGAGGAUAUAUCUCGUGCACGAGUUUGGUUUUUUGAAGGAAAGAAGAAGAUUUUGCUUUAUACUGAGAGAA